CAUUCCAAUCGGUUUUCAUUUGUAUGGCCAAUUUAUACUUCAGUUCUCCUCUCGGCACGGGGUUUCUUUCGAACUUUCUUUACUGAAAACGCAAAACAACCGGCCGCAUUUGACUUCCAACGUUUUCCGCGAGCGCAGUUUUCUUUCCCGGAGGUAACCGCGCAAGAAGUUACGACACUGAGGAAAGAUGUUCGAAGAAGCGGAUAACUUUGCGGAUCUGUUCCGCGGUGGACUGCCGUACUAUCUGUUGAUCACGCUUCCAAUAUUGAUAAUUUGUUCGUCUAAUCCGGUGCUGGCUGCGAGCGAGUUUGGCGUCCAGCGGAUGUCACAGUACGAUGUUCACGGUGCCGCUUACGGUUGUCGCGCGUCGGCCUUGAAUUUGGAAGCCAAAUCCUUGUACACCUGGCAGACUUCCCGGCAUUGUGUAUUGACCCGGUUGCAGGAUAUGACUAUCGACCAUUUUCGAGAAAUCCGCGCUAAGGCAGGUGGUCUUGUGGUUCUGCUGCCGGAAGAUACAGCCGCACUGAGCCUGGAGGACAAGCAGCACAUUCACCUGCUGGAGCAAGCGAUGAUGGUGCAAGAUGUCCCAAUUCCGGUGUACUUUUCCAAGUACGAUGGCAAACUAAACGGUAUCAUUGAUGAAGUAACGCGUACUACCGUGCGCAACCCAAAGCAGAGCACUCAGAAUCGUGAAUCCGCUUUCAGCGAAAUAUUCGGUUCAAUAUCCGCCAACGGGUACCAGAUCGUGGUAUCCGGUGCUUCUCACACUGCCAACAAACAGUCGAAGAUACCGAUCAUUCAGGGUGAGCUGGCGCCAAUGAAGCCCAGCAAAACGCUGGAUGGCGAUAAUAAGCUACCGCUAAUCAUUGUAACGGCGCAUCUCGACACGUUCGGGCUGACAAACUCCCGACAAAGCAAUGCGGAUGUGGCCGUGCUGUUGACGUUGGUAGAACUUUUUAGCAAGCUACAUGCUAGCAUCCCGAAAUAUCGGCUCAUAUUUCUGGUGUCCGAAUCGGGCCUAUUGCUCAACUUCCAGGGCAUGAAGAAGUGGCUCGAUUCGAACUUGGACGAAAAUGUGCAGAUACAACAUGCGGAAUUCGUCGUUUGUCUCGACACGAUCGGCAAACUGUUGGCGAACGAAAAUAUCUACAUGCAUGUGUCCAAACCUCCGAAGGAGGGUACCUCGAUGAGCGGCUUCUACAAGACGCUCCGGACCGUUGCCCAGCGGUAUGGAAAUGUGAGCGUUGAGGGAGUGCACAAAAAGAUCAAUCUGGCUGACACGCUGCUGGCUUGGGAACACGAACGAUUUAGUAUGAAGCGUAUGCCAGCAUUUACCCUGUCGAAUGUGAAGAGCCAUAAAGAUCCAAUGCGAAACACCAUCUUCGAUGAUGAUACAGUGGAGGAGCAGUUGGAUGCACUGGAACGAAAUGUAAAAAUUAUUGCCGAGGCACUAGCAAGUCACAUCUACAACGUGCCCGCCGAAGACGGGGCGGCUGGAGAAAUAUUCACCGGCUCCAUGGCAAUCAGUCGGGAACAAAUUAAGCCCUGGCUGCACAUUCGCUCGACGCAGCAGAACAACGAUCUGAAGUAUGCGUUCGAAAAGUACCUGCGCAAUGUAAAGAUAACGUACGAGAAGCCGGAUGCUCGCGAACCCGAUUUUAUGCUGUACGACGAUCGCGAUGCCCUGCUGAACAUUUACAACGUAAAGCCGGCCGUUUUCGAUCUCUUCCUUACCUUCAUGAUUGCUGCCUAUCUAUCGGCGGUCUACUUUGCCAUCUUCCACUUUCCGAGACUGUACGGUGCGGUGUGCCGCAUGACGGUAGCUAAAACCAAAGUAAACUAAAACCGAGGAUGAGGGUUAAUGGACGCCGUUAGCAUUAGCGGGUAGCGUGUAGCAUGUAGACUACAUUGUUUUGUUUCCGUUUUCACUCCUGUUGAAACUCAAUUGCAUAAGCAUUUCGUAUCGAACCGUUCAUUUAGGUAAGUGAAAAUGUUAUUUUAUUUGCUUCACCCAAAACUCUUUCCUUUCAGUGCAAUGUCAUUUAUCAUUUCGUUUGGCGCUGACUGCAUAAGUAACCAUUAUUCAGUUUGUUACCCAGUACUACGCUAGUCGGUAGAACGUUCAGUACAUCAAAAUCUGUUUUGUGGAUAAGUUUGCAUUUUUCUGUCUGUCCCGCUGGUGGGUGUUUCGUUCGAAUUAAGCACAUCUCUUCGUACCGAAGAUUAGCUUUGAAUGGCCAACAUCACGCAGAAAUGCGAAAACCGAGCAAAUACAAAUAAAUCCAUCUAAUUGCCAGUA